AGCAGAGAUCGUCAUCGAAAUCUCACUACGAUUGCCAUAACGGCGCGAAUUCAAUGUUAUCCCUUUCUCCUUAUGCAACGCUAACUGCGAAAUCGCUGCAACGAUUGGAACAACAACGAAAGAAAGGCACGAUUGCCACUGCACCAGGACUCAAUGACUAUCUACUUCUAUCAUCGCCUACUAGACAUCACAAAAGUAAUCRUAAAUACAGCAUUCAAUCUUCGCAGUGCAGUGUCAUCACCAAUAGUUCCAUAUCGGUUCUAUCUUCUGUCUUCAACGCGAACGAGAUCGAGGACUGCCUGGAAUCGACGGCUUCCAGUGUGGUUUCAGAGAAGACUAGCCAGUCGACUUCCUCCGCGUCUGUCAGCAGCUACGGUUGUAAUUCUSUCUCGAAGUCGUGUGAUUCGAUGAAAAGUGAAACGAAGCAGGUAACGACAGUUCACCAGAGCACCGGAAAAGCAGGCAGCUCCCGGACGAUGACCACCGUGAGUUGCUCAUCUUCUUCGUUGGAAAGCCAUGAGUUGUUUCGUGCAACAAAAACUGCAACUUCCAAACUAAGUACCACACAAUCUCACGUAUCUGCAAGUACAUUGUCAUCGUCUUCCUUCACCUCUGUUUAUUCUGGCAUAAACAAGAACGAGAACAAGCGAAUCAUAACCAACCAGAGCUCAACAGAAGCGUCAGUGACUCCCAUUGCCUUYGACGACGAAACCCCCCCGACAAAAAGUAACAAGAAAUUGAACGACCUCCGUGCAAAGCAUCGGAUGCUUCGCAACAAUUGCCAUCGAAAGCUAACUGAGAGCCGGGCAUCACUUCAAUUCACGUACAACCAUGAGAACGGCAGCCCGUCGUCGUUGAGCAAACCAUUYAAUCUGAACGGGAAGGGAAACUCAUCCACACUCGUGGAUUCGCUUUCUAUUGCUGAUGACUUUUUGUUGAGUGAGACAUCAGCGAACGAGAGGGAAGAUCAGCAGAAUGGUUCACAUUGCCACAGAGGCAAUAUAAUUGUAGAGGAUGAGGUUUGUUACCGCGGUCGUGAAGUAAUAAUGGAGAAGAUUGGCGAGGAGGAGAACGACGAUCAAGAAGAUGAAACUAUCCAAAGYCAAAAAGAGCAUCAGUAUCAAAGUCAUGAUCGUAAUCAAAAGCAACAACUUGAGCGACUUAUGGCUAGUAUGAGUGACAGCAACGAUACCUAUGAGAAGCCACAAUCGGAGAAAUAUCUGACCCUGAAAGAUGUCUAUGGCAUGAGCUUUAGCACUGAAGAAUCAUCGUCGUUAGUAUCGUCUUUAUAUACCACUGCAUAUGGUUUUGAAGAAGAUUGUGGUGACAGUGACAUCAUAUCACAGGGAGGAAGCAACAUUAGAGAGCAUUAUCGAGAAUCAUCUCUAUUGGUCUCGUUGCAAUCGGAAGAAAACAUUGAUUCCAAUAACAAAUCCAUCAAUGACAAUUAUAACUGCAAGCAAACCAGUAACAUCGCAACACUGCCGAGAAGAGGAAAGAACAAAAUAAUGAAUAAACCUCUACAUUCUUUCAAGCCAACGGAUGUCCACCAGAYGGCAAUGAAAUUCGAGACGCACAGUUAUAGUAUGAAGGCGAAUGCAAAUGCAAAUGAAAGUCACAAACGACUUCCUCGUUCGGGAAAAAUAGGAAGAAGCGCCAAGAAAUUUGAUGCCAAUGAGAAUAGUUCAGACCCAAAGUACAAUGGUGACCUCAAAACCGAACCCACGAACGAAACCAAAAGAAAAAAGUUGAAGAACAGCACAUACAAGCGUCAUAGUAAGGGUACUAGAAAUGCUCCACACGCAUCGCAAUCGUUGGUGAUGGUAGGAAGAGUCAACAGCAAAAAAAGAGUGCCCAACAGCAAAAAGAAGCUGGAGAAAAGUAUGAAUAAUGGAAGUUACAAGGGAUCAAUUGUUUCGUCGAAAGAUAGCAACCACAAUAGUACCAUCGGCAAUGCUGAGGAGAAUCACAAUAGUGUAAUCCGUGUUAAAAAACAAAAGUCAUCGAUGAAAGCAGGGGAAAGGGCAAACAACAACAGGAAAAUUUUUGAAAGCAACAGCAAGAGCCCAUCAUCCAAAGUAUCGCCCMAAGAAAUUCCGUCCUCUCGUAUUGGAAGAUUAGUCAAAAAGCUUGAAAACAAGGUCAUGAUGAAUACGGAGAAAUUCCAUAAGGACAUGUUUUUAAAGAAGGAUUCAAAACUCAAGCGCUCCCCUUACAAGUCCAAAAACAAAAGGAAAAACAAGGUCGUCAAUAUUAAGGGUCGCAAGGCCAAGGCCAACGACGACGACAACGAUGAGCACCAACUUCUCGAAACGUGGAAAAAAGCGGAAAACAAUGGAAAGGCUGCAGCCCGUUGUGGUGGCAGUAUUAGUACAAGCAACACCACGGAUAGCAGUAGAAGUAUCGGGUGCAACAUGGACAGCACUACCGGUUCCUACUUCAUCAAUGUCGUCGACGAGAAGGAAGGCGACGGGGAAAUAACGAUGGAUGCUGUGCCCCUAGGACCAGUACAUCAAGAUUCGAAGCGAAGGACCAAACGAACGGGCGGCAAUAUACUAAAAAGGCUCUCUCGGUACAAAAACUUUCGGAUCAAUUCCAGUUUUAUCUCACACAGCACGGAGAACUCGUAUUCAUCAAUGAGUUCAACAUACGAUGACGAGGAUCUGGGAAUUUAAUGUGACUUCAAAAUGUCAGUUUCGACGAAUGAGAUCCAAAUGUACCAUACAAGAUACCUAAAAUUUAUUUUUCAAGAAAUUAGCAUGAUUUCU